AGAACAAGAGAAGCGCUGCGUCAUCACGUCAUGUUGAAGGGAAAAAAUAAUGGCGGCUCUUGUAAUGGGAUGGGAUAGUGCAUGUAUGAGAUAAAUCUUUAUGAAAAAAAUUAAUCCGUUAGAAUAACCAAGGUGUCAACGUAACAAGUCAGAAUGGCUCACCGAUACCUCCGCUUGUCAAGAGGUGGCAGGAAUCUAUUCAAAAUGUUGCUGCCUCCAAACGUCAGAACAACUCACGUUAACGGUGCACGACUGGUCUCCAGCCAAGCAGACAGCCAGAUAGUACUUGAAAGGAGGACUCUGUUUGAACAUGUGUUAGGUGCCUAUCAAAGACUCUGCUCCAAACCACCAAAAGGAUUUGAAAAAUAUUUCCCCAAUGGUCCGAAGACUGCGCCGAAGAGCAGUGAAUCCAACCCAACCAGUGGAGAAGCCAAAGAGGCCAAGCCAACUACCAAUGCACAGAAGGCCACUGGUAGAUCUAGUGGAGGAGGAGGAGGUGGGGCCUCAGGCGGAGGAGGAAAAAGGGGAGGCAGGAAGGAUGAGUCCCAUUGGUAUAGCCGGCUACAAAAGGGUGACGUGCCAUGGGACGAUAAGGAGUUCCGUAUGUACUUCCUGAGUGGGGCUGCAUUUUGGACCAUGGUUACAUAUUUCUUUUUUUUACGGGAAGGCGGGAGAGAGGUCACUUGGAAAGACUUUGUCAAUAACUACCUCUCGAAAGACGUCGUUGACAGAUUGGAAGUAAUAAACAAGCGCUAUGUGAAAGUGGUAUUUACACCUGGAAAGACUCCAGUUGAUGGACAAUACGUGUGGUUCAACAUCGGCAGCGUGGACACGUUUGAGCGGAACCUAGAGACAGCUCAGUAUGAGAUGGGUAUCGAGGGGGAGAACCGUCUGCCAGUGGUGUACUCCGCUGAAAGCGACGGGUCGUUCCUGCUCAGCAUGCUGCCCACCGUGCUCAUCAUCGGCUUCCUGCUUUUCAUGCUGCGACGGGGGCCAGCAGGAGCUGGCCGACCGGGCGGCCGGGGCAUGGGAGGACUAUUCAGUGUCAGCGAGACAACGGCCAAGGUGUUGCGCGAUGAGAUCGACGUGAAGUUCAAGGACGUGGCAGGCUGCGAGGAGGCCAAGCUGGAGAUCAUGGAGUUUGUCAACUUCCUCAAGAACCCCAAGCAGUACCAGGACCUGGGUGCCAAGAUCCCCAAGGGGGCUAUCCUGACGGGACCCCCUGGCACAGGGAAGACCCUGCUGGCCAAGGCCACCGCCGGAGAGGCCGACGUCCCCUUUAUCACCGUAAAUGGCUCAGAGUUCCUGGAGAUGUUUGUGGGCGUGGGCCCCGCCAGGGUUCGAGAUCUGUUUGUCAUGGCCCGUAAGAAUGCCCCUUGUAUCCUCUUCAUUGACGAGAUUGACGCAGUAGGGCGCAAGCGAGGCAGAGGGAACUUUGGUGGCCAGAGCGAGCAGGAAAACACCCUCAAUCAGCUGCUGGUCGAGAUGGAUGGGUUCAACACGGCAACCAAUGUAGUAGUGCUAGCAGGUACUAAUAGACCUGACAUCCUGGACCCUGCACUGAUGAGGCCCGGACGCUUUGACAGACAGAUUUACAUUGGUCAUCCUGACAUUAAAGGCAGAUCAUCCAUAUUUAAAGUGCACUUGAGGCCUUUGAAAAUGGACGCAGAGAUGGACAAAGAAGCUCUCGCCAGGAAAAUGGCUGCCCUCACCCCAGGCUUCUCAGGUGCUGAUAUUGCCAAUGUGUGCAAUGAAGCCGCGCUGAUUGCUGCUCGCCACCUCGCGGACUCGAUCAACCAGAAGCACUUUGAGCAGGCCAUCGAACGUGUGAUCGGAGGUCUGGAGAAGAAGACUCAGGUCCUGCAACCUGAGGAGAAAAAGACUGUAGCUUACCACGAGGCAGGGCACGCUGUGGCAGGCUGGUACCUGGAGCACGCUGACCCUCUGCUCAAGGUAUCUAUCAUCCCCAGAGGCAAAGGGUUGGGCUAUGCCCAGUACCUACCAAAGGAGCAGUACCUAUACACCAAGGAGCAGCUGCUGGACAGGAUGUGCAUGACGCUGGGUGGCCGCGUGUCUGAGGAGAUCUUCUUCGGUCGCAUCACCACGGGGGCCCAGGACGACCUCCGGAAGGUCACCCAGAGUGCAUACGCCCAGAUCGUGCAGUUUGGCAUGAAUGACAAGGUGGGACAGGUGUCCUUCGACUUGCCCCGGCAGGGCGAGAUGACCCUUGAGAAGCCCUACAGCGAGGCCACGGCGCGCCUCAUCGACACGGAGGUACGCAAUCUCAUCCGAGAGGCGUACGAGCGUACCCACACCCUACUGGCUGAGAAGAAAGGCGAUGUGGAGAAGGUGGCGCAGCGUCUGCUGGAGAAGGAGGUGCUGGACAAGAAGGACAUGGUGGAGCUCCUGGGGCUGCGGCCGUUCGCUGAGAAGUCCACCUACGAGGAGUUUGUGGAGGGCACGGGGGGCAUGGAUGAGGACACAUCCCUGCCUGAGGGCCUCAAGGACUGGAACAAGGAGCGAGACAAGGAGGAAAGCACAGAGGAACAGGUUGCCCGACAGAUCUCCGGAGGGAUGCCCUUCUAAACGGGGACUGCUUAGCCUCACCGAUGGUCGUUUUUAGUAUGAGGCUGUACUGAGAUUAGAACAGGUUGGUGGAAGGAUGUCAGUAAAACCCCACCUAAACGUUAACUGACUGAACCAUGCCCAGGAUCCCUCUGAUUGGUCAGUUGCAUCCUUUGCAAUGGUCUGGGGGUGUAUUCAGCGAGAUGAAACAUUCUGAAUGUUGCAGAUAAAAAUGUCAUACAGGAGUUAAAAGUUCUGUCAUGGUUAGAGUAAACAAAAUAUAUCAAAUCUUGUUGGGGGGGGGUUAUUAUUUUGGGUAAAGAAGACACUAGGCAACACAUCUAAAACUAAAAACUAUGUAGAAAAUAUACCCCCUUUUUUUAUUUAUAUAUAUAUAUAUAUAUAUAUAUAUAAUUUAUAAUUUACCUGUUUCUGGCCCUCAAAAUUGAUUUUGACAAACAAAUCGGUCAUAAUACAAAUUAAAAAUACAUCUGAGCCAAAAGGUUUUGCCGCCAAAUCUAGGAUCGACAAAAAUUGCAUUUUUUUUUUUGUGUGUGUAUGUGAUUUAACCUGUCAUUAAUAAAGCUAUGUAUUCCCUAUUCAACAUGGAGGAAUAAGCAUAUCUGUUCACCACCAGAAUAUUUGAGCAGUUGGAAAUCCCACUCAUCGCUCACAGAGCGGGGUCACCACUCUGGCGAUCAUUAUCUUUACUCCCGUUCCACCCCCCAAAAAAUUGCCGCUCCAAAUUCGCUGCAUUUGUUUUAGUUUAAAACUAUAUUUUAAGUUAUACCCCAUCUACUUUUGACUAUGUACCAUUUUUUUUUGAAGUAGGCUUCAAGAAGCUUCAACAUGUCAAAGGCUACUGAACAAGGACCGACCUGAUGACAUGCGACCACCGUGUUAAAAAAAUGUGUUUCUCUCAUCUCUUGAUGGUCAGCUAGGCUACUUCAGUUGUAACUGUGGCUCUGUAGUGCUCACAUUUUACAGUUGAUGGACAACUUUAACACUUAAAUGGAUAUCUAAACGUCUCUGUUGCGGCUACGUGAGCUCAUUCGUUGUCUUGCCAUCAAUUACACAGGCUGUGAACUAUUUCUUAGUCGACUCAUAUCAACAUCUCCGAGGAUUAGUAGUGGAGGGAGGCUAAAUAAAUAUACAAGAAUAGGCCUAAUUUAAAAUAACAGUGGUGAAGGACAUUUUUUAAAUGUUGCCCAGAGCUCAUGGCUGAGCGGUACCGGAGCAAAAUUGGGGAGAGAGAGAGAAGGCCCCGGCCAUUUAAAAAUUGACAAAGUACAUUUCUGUCUAGAUGUUCUGUACCUCCACCCAGCCUGAACACGCCCCAGAGAGACUGACUACGGUGCUCUUUUCCAGGGAUUGGAUGGGAGCACUGCCCUUGAUCUUCAUGCCUUAAGGCCCCCUUGAGUAUAAGGCAUGAUGAGUGGGUCUUCAGUGGGAGGGGGGGGGGACUUAAGUUUUUGUAUACUUCACAACCCAGCCAGUGUUUUAACUAUGGAUUAUUUCAAUGACCGAAAAAAACAAAAAACAAAUGUAGAAUCCGUCUGGCUUUGUAAAGAACAUUCAGACGUGUAGCUUGGGGUUGUUUCCAGGUUUGGACAAGAGGAUUGUACAUGAGAUGUCAAAGCCAAGGUUGCUGUAUAGAUUUUGAGUAGAUGACAAAAUGACUGAAAUAUUCCAGUAGUAACAUGAAAUGUAGAAGAACAACUUAUGUUCAGGAAAUAAAGAAAUGACGCUUGCAACCCCCCCCCAUUAAUCUUUACUUCUGUGAAGUGGAGUCAAACUGAUUGAAAUAUGUGACGAUCACACGUCUAUUCAUGUCUAUCCAAUUUGUAUUCUUACCGAAAAAAAACUGACCAGGGCGAUGGGUGAGUGAUUUUAAAAUACAUGCAACUGAAACCAAGGUUAGAACAGGAAAAUGAAAAAGUAAACGCACUGAAUAAAGACGACACUGCAGAAAGAUACCACAUAUACACACACUGCAUACUGUACACACUGGGGGGAGGGGGGAAAUAAACAGUUAUGCAUCACUGAGACCUGCCAACCUGCACGCAUUUUGCGUACCAUGCACACAAUCUGAGGUAGAAGUACGCUGGUUUGAAAAAUAACCCUAACAUAUGCUUCUAGUUGGUUGGCACAAUUUGGUUUUUGACUGGAGCUGAGCCGCCCCCCCCCCCCCCCCCCCCCCCGUAGUCAUAGCACAGACAGAAGGGGAUACCCAGACACGUCACAGGCUAUACAGCUGAAGCAUCUGUUUUAGAACGUUUUCUCACCACCAGAGAUGGUAGUGAGCUGAAGUCCAGUUGCGUUAGUGGGAGAAGAAGGAACUAGGUCAAACUGGGCCGACAUUCGGCAAAUUCUCAUCGAUAAAACAUCUGAUCUCAAAAAAAGUUAUAUUCCCAAAAACUAGAAUCUGUUACGAACACGAUGCAUUAAGUUUCGUAGACUUCAUGCUUUGCCAAAGUUAUUAUAUAUAUAUUUUUAAUGUUAGCAAAUGAAAUACAGAAAUAUCUCAUUUACGUCAGUAUUCACACCCCUGAGUCAAUAAAUGCUAGAAUCCUACAGCUAAGAGUCCUUCUGGAUAAGUCGGCACUUCCCACAAUACUUACCCAUUUUUAUUAUAAAAAAAAAUAUUCAAGCUCUAUCAAGUUGGUUGUGCUUAUCUCUAUUCCAUUAAUUUUUAUCAUAAACUCCCUAGUCCUUGCCGAUGACAAGCAUACCCGUAACAUGAUGCAGCCACCAUUAUGCUUGAAAAUAUGAAGAGUUGUACUUAGUGAUGUGUUGGAUUUGCCCCAAACAUUGCGCUUUGUAUUCAAGACACAAAAUUCAUUUCUUUGCCACAUUUUUUUUGUUGUCCAGUUUUACUUCAGUGUCUUAUUGCAAACAGGAUGCAUGUUUUGUGAUAUUUGUAUUCGGUACAGGCUUCCUUUUCUCUCUGUCAAUUAGUUUCACACCUGUUAAACUAUGUCACCAUUGGCCUCAUGGUGAAAUUGCUUGGAUUGGUUUCCUUCCUCUCCUGCAACGGAGUUAGGAAGGACGUCUGUGUCUUUGUAGUGACUGGGUGUAAUUAUACACCAUCCAAUGUGGGUUGUGUGUGUAGGCCAGUGACUUAAUACAUUUUAAAUUCAGGCUGUAACAAAAUGUGGAAACAUUCAAGGAGUGUCAAUACUUUUUUUAAGGCACUGUAAGUCCUCUAUGUAACCUGAUGGAUGAGGUCAGGGAUGGACAUGUGAAACAAAUUCAUAUAAGCCUAGUUCAGUUGUUUCGUAUUUCAAAUAGCCUGUAGUAAACUAAACUACUACCUUGCAUUCAGUAAUUUAAUUAUUCCGCAUUUUCUCCCCAAACAAAAUUUUAAGCCAGUUUAUAUUUUCACAAGACUAUCCACAUGAAGACCACCUAAUUAAUUAGAAUAUUCAGACUCCUAAAUGUUUACCUAUUAAUUAAUUAGAAUAUUCAGACUCUUAAAUGUUUACCUAGAAAAAUGUAAGCGUCGUUGAGACCACCUCCAUUUAAUGUAGGAUCAAACCGUGUUUGGUACAUUGUUUGAUAUAAUUUAAGACUCUUAAGUUUCAGGAAGUGGCCAUUAGUAGUCAACUUCUUGAGGGGGAAGUUGAUUGCCCCCCUCCCGGACCCCCUCUCCACCCAACCUUAGGCCUACAGCAGCACCACAUUGUCAGAAAAUCCUAGGGAGAGCAUGAUUGUACAUUUCAAACAUAUUUCUAGUUAGCUACUGAAGAGCAGCUAAUUACCAAGUACUCAAAAAAAGUCUGUUGCAUACCAUUCCUACUGAGGCAGUCUUCUGCAAAACAAUCACGGGGGUGUCGCAUGUGCGCUGUUGUGGGGUCUACAAGGCUGCCGGGGGUGCUAGCGCUGCGCUGGAGUGGUACUCCUACAAAUGAAGGUUGGCAGGUCUGCAUCACAUCAUACGUACCUCAGUGCUGCUUGUAAUCAUCAAAUGCAAAAAAAAUAUUCAGAGCUAUAAAAAUAAUACGCAUAUUGGUGAACACUUCUCCAGCAAUGUUCAUGAACGCCAAAAGCUAUCCAUAUUUAUGCCACCACAGUGCAAGGCUACAGUCGUGUCUGUCGUUGUUCUGUUUUUGUUGUUGGUGUGUGCCGUUGGACAUACUGAAUAUUAUCAAUGAUCAGCCAAGACAGCCUUGUUAUUUGUCGCUCAAACUCUCACUGUAGGGUUAUCUAAAUGUGUACAUUUUGUAUUUUGCUCUAUUGUUAAAAAAAAAAAGUUUGAUGCAGUGUGAACAUGGCAAUUUAUAUACUGAUCAAAAAUACAAAUGCAACAUGUAAAGUGUUGGUCCCAUGAUUCAUGAGCUGAAAUAAAAGAUCCCAGAAAUGUUC